GACUUCCGCACAUCAAGAUAGGUUGUUCCGCGAGCGAGCCAUCUAUCGAUUGUAUUGUGUUUAUUGAAUUUGCCGGCUGGUUUGAUUAUUGAUCACGGAUCGAUCGGUCGGGCGGCCGGCCCCCGCGGGCGCCCUGUCCUGAAAGUGAAGGCCGCUGGUUGGCGUUCCGCGGGCCCACCGACGGCGUGAUGAUGCUGACGGGGAAGAAGAGCGAAGAGAGACAAAGCGCCGGGCCCGAGGGCCUGGAGGCGCAGGCGGACGGCGGCGGCCUGGGCCUGGCUGCGAGCUCCGCCGCCGCCGCCGCCGCCGCCGAGCGCACCCCCAAGAAGAAGGAGCGGGCGUCCCCGCACAGCAGCAGCAGCAACGAGGGCACGAUGGAGGGGGGCACGGCCGAGACGCCGGACGGCCGGAGGACCAGCAAACGCAAGCGGGCUAAGGUUGAGUAUAGAGAAAUGGAUGAGAGCUUAGCAAACCUGUCAGAAGAUGAAUAUUAUUCAGAAGAAGAACGCAAUGCGAAGGCUGAAAAGGAGAAGAAGCAGGUGCCACCACCUCAGCCUCCACCACCUGAGGAAGAGAUUGAAAGUGAUCCAGAAGAACCAUCUGUGCAUUGGAGCAACAUCAAUCUGGCAGGGUCGAUCGCAGGUGUUGAGGGUGCUGCUUUCCAAAGUCGUCUACCUCACGAUCGCAUGACAUCACAGGAAGCAGCCUGUUUCCCAGACAUUAUCAGUGGUCCUGCGCAGACCCAGAAGGUAUUUCUGUACAUCAGAAACCGCACAUUGCAGCUCUGGCUGGACAACCCAAAGGUACAGUUGACCUUUGAGGUAACUCACCAGCAACUGGAGUCUCCUUACAACAGUGAUGCAGUACUGGUUCACAGGAUACACGGCUACUUGGAGCGUCACGGGCUAAUUAAUUUUGGUAUCUACAAACGGGUGAAACCACUUCCAACAAAGAAGACCGGGAAGGUGAUAAUCAUAGGUGCUGGCGUUUCGGGUCUGGCAGCUGCUCGCCAGUUACAGAGCUUUGGAAUGGAUGUCACUGUUCUGGAAGCAAGGGACCGUGUUGGAGGACGUGUUGCCACAUUCAGAAAGGGAAACUACGUUGCUGAUCUAGGGGCCAUGGUUGUGACAGGACUUGGUGGAAACCCGAUGGCAGUGGUCAGCAAGCAAGUAAACAUGGAACUGGCCAAAAUAAAACAAAAAUGUCCCCUAUAUGAGGCAAAUGGGCAGGCUGGAGAAAGAUGCACAAACGUUCCCAAAGAGAAAGACGAGAUGGUAGAGCAAGAAUUUAAUCGUUUGCUGGAGGCCACAUCUUACCUCAGUCAUCAGUUAGACUUCAAUUACCUGAACAACAAACCGGUCUCUUUAGGACAGGCAUUGGAAGUUGUCAUACAGUUGCAGGAGAAACAUGUGAAGGAUGAACAGAUUGAACACUGGAAGAAAAUUGUGAAGACACAAGAAGAUCUGAAAGAACUACUCAAUAAGAUGGUGUCGCUGAAAGAGAAAAUCAAAGAACUACAUCAACAAUACAGAGAAGCUUCUGAGGUGAAGCCGCCUCGUGACAUCACUGCAGAAUUCCUGGUUAAAAGUAAACUGAGAGACCUGACUGCUUUAUGCAAGGAAUACGAUGAACUCGCGGAAGCCCAAAUGAAACUUGAGGAGAAGCUCCAGGAAUUAGAAGCUAACCCACCCAGUGAUGUUUACCUGUCAUCAAGGGACCGGCAGAUACUGGACUGGCAUUUUGCUAACUUGGAGUUUGCUAACGCAACACCUCUUUCCACUCUAUCGCUGAAGCACUGGGACCAGGACGAUGAUUUUGAAUUCACCGGCAGUCACUUAACAGUACGAAAUGGUUACUCUUGUGUUCCUGUAGCACUUGCAGAAGGCCUUGACAUUAAAUUAAAUACAGCUGUACGACAAGUCCGCUACACUGCCUCAGGAUGUGAAGUCAUUGCUCAGAAUACUCGUUCGAAUAGCCAGACCUUCAUUUACAAGUGUGAUGCAGUUUUAUGUACUCUCCCCCUGGGCGUGUUGAAACAGCAGCCACCAGCAGUUCAGUUUGUACCGCCCCUUCCCGAGUGGAAAACUUCUGCUAUCCAGCGUAUGGGCUUUGGAAACCUCAACAAGGUUGUAUUGUGUUUUGAUCGUGUGUUCUGGGACCCCAGUGUAAAUCUGUUUGGCCAUGUUGGAAGCACUACUGCCAGUAGAGGAGAAUUAUUCCUUUUCUGGAAUCUCUAUAAAGCCCCUAUCCUGUUAGCCCUGGUCGCUGGAGAAGCUGCCGGAAUCAUGGAGAACAUUAGCGAUGAUGUCAUUGUCGGCCGAUGUCUAGCCAUCCUGAAAGGGAUAUUUGGCAGCAGUGCGGUACCACAGCCUAAGGAAACUGUAGUUACUCGCUGGCGAGCAGACCCUUGGGCACGUGGUUCCUACUCCUAUGUGGCUGCUGGCUCCUCGGGGAAUGACUAUGACCUGAUGGCACAACCAGUGACCCCGGGUCCCAGCAUCCCUGGUGCUCCUCAGCCUGUUCCCCGCCUCUUCUUUGCUGGAGAACAUACCAUCCGCAACUACCCUGCUACAGUUCACGGUGCUUUAUUGAGUGGAUUAAGGGAAGCUGGUCGAAUUGCUGAUCAGUUUCUGGGUGCAAUGUACACUCUUCCUCGGCAGACGACGCCUACUCAACAACCCAGUAGCAUGUAACUUCAAAAAGGGAAAGGAUUAUAAUAUGAACGUCGUUCCAAUUAGAAUUUGAGCUGGAAUAAAAAAAAAUCUACUGCGGCUUUACAGUAGACCUGCUGUAGACUUAAUGCACUGGUUUCAAACUUCUGUCCUCCUCCACAUAACUGCCAAGUGUUUGAGGCACCAAGAUCACGAGACUGAGCCAAAAGGAGCCGCGUGCUUUGGGAAGUUGGAGCAAUUCUGACCAAAUUACAACCGAUUCUAAUGCCUUGGGUAUUCUGUAGCAUUAACUGCUGUGUAAAUGCAUCAGAAGUUUUGUCUUUGAGAGCAAGUUGUGUGAGUGAUUGUGUUACUGUUGGUGUUUUUUUUCCCGGCCAUAUUAGUAUGAGCUUUAGGAUCUUCUGAGUGUAUUUACACAAAUAAACUACUUUGAUGUGAUAGUCAAAACUGUUCAUCAAGUAGGCAUUUAAUUUACUGCAUGGUCACUCUAAACACUAGGGCUCUUCAUGGAGAAAGGUAGCACCAUAUCAAAAUUUGCUCCAAUUGUAUCAAUGUUUACACUGCAUAAUAUUUAUGAAGAGGUUUUUUGGACCAUUUGUGCUAUAAUGAAUUUCAGUUGCUAUCAUGUCUCCUAAUUUCCCUAGGGUUUAUUAUUCACUGAGUUGUUCAUGAUAUCCUGUAAUCUCUGUUUGUCAUAGUUACCAAUCUUGCCCAAUUUUUCUAAAACAUUACUUGAAACGUAAAAUACGUACUGUUCAUCCAGUGUUACUCAGCCCUGUUACUUAUGGCCAAUUGACUUAACUCAGAAAAGCGCCGUUAACAUGUCACAGUUUAGAGUAGUGUAGCUCUUCAGUGAUUUCCCAAGAAACAAGGAGCGGAGCUCCAAAUAACUUGUCCAACUCGCUGAUUUUUAUCAGUUCUUUUGUUUUGUGCUGCUCAAUGGACCAGGAAUAUCUUUUCCCCUUUCCCAUCUUUCACCUCUACAGUGCAGCAGGACCCUGAGCUCAUGUACUGACAACAGCGAGGCAAUUCAUAGCGCUGCCACCUCACUGCUCCGUUGCCCCUGAUGUAGUCCUGACCUUGGAUGCUGUCUUUGUGUGGAGUUUACAUGCUCUUCCUCUGACCAUGUGGGGUCCCUGGAUGCCGAGAUUCAAUGAACUUGUAAAAAUGUGUGGGUCAGUACGUUAAUCGGCCACUGUAUGUGCCCAUUGUGUGAGUGGUCAGAGGCAUUGAUGGAAGACUAAAAAUAUGUUAGUGUAGGAUUAGUGUAAAUGUAUGUCUGAUGGAAACAACUGUCUCAAUGGUCUGAAGGGCCGAUGAGCUAUAUGAAAAUCUCACUCUCGGUACAGCGCUGCAGGUACAGAACUUGCUGAAUCUUUUCAUUGGAGGCCUACUUGCUUCACUGCUGCUUGUGAUCAAACUUGUGCUGGUUCAGCCUUUUCUGUCCAUGCGCUGCUUGUGGCUUGAUGCUCUUCAUAUUUGCUCUCUCCAUCUGCCUCUGCAGAAUGCUUCUUCGUGGUGCUUUUUAAUUUUACGGAUAUGAACAACAUCAGAAAAACUUCAUUAGUAACUUACUGCCUGUUACACUGCUGGCAUUUACAGCACUGGUGAAGGUCCUCCAUCUCUGUCUGUACCAUCACACACAGAUAUAAAAUGAUUCUUCAUUGCUGUUUCUGUAACAAUUUUUUUUUGAAGUGUCAGGGUUGUUGGCCCUGAGCCGAAACGACCCCCCCCCACCCCCGGAACCUGGGGGACUGGUGGACCACUCUUAGUCUGGCCUCUGCCCUUUGACCAGUUUGGCAUGGGUGACCCUACCAAAAGCACAAGGUCUUGACUCCAGCCAACAUAGUUCUCUGGGUCAUUGAGGCACUCAAGACUCGAAGCCCUAUGACUAGGUUGUGGUUCUCUUAGAGGUUUGUUAGUAAGUUCCCUAGAAAAUGGAUUUUGAUUUUCACAAUCUGGAAAUGUUAGUCAACGAAGUACUUUUCAUGUGUGGUCAGUGAUGAAUUCAGAGGUCAAUUUGAACACACCGAGCUGCCACAAGUAGGAAUGUGGUCAAUAACCCAAAAACUGGUUAAUAACAAAGAAGAUACUGGCCAUAAUACUAAAAAUAAUUCCAUAGUGCUUCAAAAUAAUUCCACUGAUUCUUUUAUGCUUCCAGAAAAGGGUGAAAGAUUUCUUCUGUGAAAGAAAUUGCUCCUUUGUGAUGAAAAGUUGCCAGGCUGAGGAAGUUAUAUUUCGUUUUCUCAGCAAUUCCUGUUCUAGCUGCAGCGAUAACCUUAAUUGACAGAACUACCAGAUUGAUUGCUGUCAUAUAAAGGUGGAAGAAUGCAGAGACCUGAAAUCCAACAUGGAAACAAAUACUCCGACGUGCUGUAGCUUUAUCAGCACUUUCUGUUCUGGUGGUAUUUAAAUGUUACCUGCUCAAUACUGCAGACUUCAAAUAGCUGAACUUUUCUGGUGCUGAGUAAGAGAUCAGUGUCUCCAAAUAGGAAUCACAUUUGAUUGCUGGAUUCACCAGUUGUAUACCAGGAAGAAGACCAGGCAGUUUUAAGACAAUUGAAAAAUCAAUAAAAAUAAGAUCUAUUAUUCAAAAGUAGUCACAGAUUAUUUAGAUACUUCUAUUUUCUUUCAUUUGUAUUUAACAGAUUGUGCUUAUUGCAGUGGUCUGGAAAACACUGCCUACACAUUGAAAGUACUUCAUUGGCUGUAGAGCAGGGGGUCCCAACCAUCCCCUACCAUUAACUGAGGGCUCCACAGACCCCAGGUUGGGAACCCCUGCAGUAGAGCAUAUUGCUUUUAAAAGUGUGAAUGUAUAGGCAACAUACUUCCUUUAAGUUUCCUGUAGGGAUAUGUUUGUAUUACAUUUGGAUAUGUGUAAUGCAUCUUAGGUGACAUUGGACCUAAAGCUGUCAUUUUUUUUAAAAAAAGCGUUGUAAUAGUUUCCUUUAUUGCCGGCUACCAAGAUCCAAGAUGUGAGGGUUUUUUUUAAAUACAAACUGUGAAUCACUAACAUUUAACAUUGUCAACCCUAGUGUCUAUGGUCCAUGCAAAUUAUAUUAGGCUUUUUAUUGUUGUAACAAUGUAGAUUGAUUAAACUACAAUGAUAGUUUCUAAGCAGAGGUGCAUUGAAAUGCAUCUGUUAGACUUACCUACUGUUUUACAGGUUUGCAAGAAAUGCCAAUUUAACUUGGUAUUUCUUGCACAUUUUAAACAGUGGAAAGGGGGGCACUUUAUUUUUGAAUGCCCACCUGAGAGCUUGGCUUGCAAAGAAGAGCGCUUAAUUUUUUCAAAAGCGCCUUGUUUGAAGAUUUUGCACCUUUUGUCAUCUAAGUGCUAACUUGACUCCUGUAAGUCCACAAAUAUAUUUUAAAUAAAAAGCUGUAUGUAUGA